CUAUAGACCUGUAGUGCUUCACUUCUGAGAGGCAUUUAGACGGGUUAGCUAACCCAGCUAACUUAGUGUAUCAGUGGCUGUGUGGAAAAGAGCAGACCUGCAGGUUCAGAAACUGUAUCGCUUAAAAACAUGAAUGAGGAGAGAAAUGUGAGAUGUGGAGAAAGAGAAAGAGAUGUGGCAUCCUGUGCUAGUCUGGCUGGAGAUGAAAAUGAAGCACCUUCUGAGGUACUACUGAGCGUGUUUGCUCAGCAUGGCCAGGUUGGUCUCAGUUUCUAUGACAGUAAAGACUGUACCCUGCACUUCAUGCCAGAUACGUCAGACAACAGGGAUCUUACUAUUUUGGAUAAAGUCAUUCAGGAGAUCAGCCCUAAUGUCAUCAUCACAAGUGCUAAGCAGGAGCGGAACAUGGCCCAGUUCAUCAAAGGACUUGGGUCAAAUCCCAACUACAGGCAAGAAAUUGUUGUGUAUCCCAGUGCUAACUUUAGAGUAGAGGUCAGUAAACAGAGGCUUCUGUCAGCACAUCUCCCUUUUCUUCCUUCAUCCAUCACUGAGAAUGAAAAAAUCCCAUAUCUCUCCUCAUGCAUUCCGUUUGAUUCUGUACUAAUGCUGAGGAGCAUAGGAGGACUCCUAAAAUGUCUGGACAGGAGAAGAGUUGGCGUUGAACUGGAGGACAGCAGUGUUGGGGUUCCCAUAUUGCAGUUACUGACCUACACACUAAAUGACGUAGUAUACAUUGACCGAGACACAUACAGUGCUCUCCAGAUUUUUAAAUCGGAGCUGCACCCUUCUGUCUAUAAGUUCCAGUCAGGGGUGAAGGAGGGGCUGAGUCUCUAUGGAAUAUUGAAUCGCUGCCGAUGUAAGCAUGGCUCCAGGCUUUUACGGCAGUGGUUCCACAGGCCCACUCGAGACAUGAGUGUAUUGAAGAGAAGACAGGAGGUGGUUCGUUAUUUUACCUCUCCACACAACUCUGAUGUGAUGAACACAUUACAGAAUUUCCUGCGCAAUGUCGGGAAUAUUCCGACUUUACUCUACAAAAUGUCUGUAACUCAUACCAAAGUCUCUGACUGGCAGAGUCUCUAUAAGACUGUGUACAGUGCGGUGGGGAUCAGAGACACAGUGCGCUCCCUACCCCAGAACAUCCAUGUUUUUCGAGAGAUCAGUUGUGACUUUAAAGACGAGCUCCCCUACAUCGCCACACUCAUCAGUAAAGUGGUUGAUUUUGAAAGCAGUUUAGCUGAUAACUGCUUUAUUGUCAAGCCAAAUGUUGACCCUGCCAUUGAUGAAAAGAAAAGAACGAUGAUGGGCCUCUCAGAUUUCCUAACGGAUGUGGCCCGUGCUGAGAUGGAAAAUCUGGAUUCACGUUUUUCUACCUGCAGUGUCAUCUACAUCCCUCUGAUUGGGUUCCUUCUUUCAGUACCACGAUUGCCUGGCAUGGUGGACAAGGAAAACUUUGAGAUUGAAGGCCUUGAUUUUCUUUUUGUGUCAGAAGACAGGCUCCAUUACCGCAGUGCCAAGACUAAAGAGCUUGACCACAUGCUGGGUGAUCUACACUCUGACAUCAAAGACAUGGAAAGGGCAGUGAUGGCAAAACUGCAAGCAUCUGUACUGCAGCGCAGCAGCUGCCUUUACAAAGUGCUAUCCCUGUGUGCUGAGCUGGACUGCCUUAUGGCCUUAGCACAGGCCUCCCAGAACUACGGCUACUGCUCCCCUACACUGACACAAAGCUGCAGACUGACACUGCAUCAGUCCCGACAUCCUCUGUUGGAGCUGUGUGUGCCAGUAUUUGUGGCGAAUCCAUGCAUCACUUCUGAGACUGAGGGGAAGGUCAAGGUACUAACAGGACCAAACUCCUCUGGCAAGAGCAUCUACCUGAAACAGGUUGGCCUGAUUGUGUUCAUGGCUCUGAUUGGCUCUGAUGUGCCUGCCAAAGAGGCUGAGAUUGGUCUGGUGGACGCCAUCUUCACCCGCAUGCACAGUCGGGAGUCUGUGUCUGUGGGCCUGAGUACCUUCAUGAUAGAUGUAAAUCAGAUGUCUCAUGCUUUGAACAAUGGCACAGGAACGUCACUUGUGUUGGUGGAUGAGUUUGGCAAAGGAACCAAUACAGUUGAUGGUUUAUCACUUUUGGCUGCAUGCCUGAAUCACUGGUUACGCAGAUCUCCCUCUGAAUGUCCGUUUGUUUUUCUGGCUACAAACUUCCACAGUGUUCUGCAGCUGGGCCUUCUGCCUCAGUCCCCACUCCUCUCCUUGCUGACUCUAGAGACUGCAGUGGAUGGAGAGGAGUUGGUCUUUCUCUACCAGCUUAAGGAAGGCAUUUGCCAGUCCAGCUAUGCUGCUAACAUUGCUACACUGGCUGGUCUGGAACCUGCCCUGGUGCAGAGAGGAGUGGAGGUAUCAGAAUUAUACAGAACUGGAAAGACCAUCAAAAGGAUUGAUCAGCCCUCAGGUGAUGAGCAGAUAAACAGAUGUAAAAGAGUAGUACAGAAGUUCCUGAGCCUUGAUUUGGAUGACCUGUCGCUGGACCUGGUGAAGUUUAUGAAAGAGGAGCUGCUGCCCAUUGGAGAAAGGCUAUAAUUAAGGUUCUACUUCCUAUCAUUAAUUAAAACUACACCAUUCAAAUGUAGUCCAUUGAGUUGCCCAGGAGUUUUGAAUAUACAUGUUACACUAAAGUGGUGAGUUCCAUCAAAAAAAGGUCUUAACUUUACCUUGUUUAAUCACUACAGGUUUAGUCAUCCACAUGUUAAUUAAGAGGUUUUAUAUCUACCGUUUGUGAAAAAUGUAGUUUGAUUUAAUGUUGCUCUUCACAUAUUUUACACUAAGUAACUGUACAUAUUUGGUAAACAUUUAUAUGUAUUGUGUUUGUGGAGUGUAUUCUUGCAAAAAAUGUCUUUCGUUAAGUGUAACUGAGGUCAGGAAAGGCUUGGGUUGAUUUCUCGGAAGUGUCGAUGCAAAUCUGUUGUCACUAAUCCCCUGUCACUACAUUGGACAGAAGCAGCUGUGCUAUCACACUUUAUUGAAUUAAUUAGAUCCCUGAACCAUAUGUCUACAAAUGUGGGGAUUCUGCAGUUCUAAUCUGAAGUAGGCAAAAUAAGACAGAAAAUGAAACAAAAUAUACAUUGAAUGUUAGAGUGCUGGAUUUGUUAUUCUAUUUUACUUUCCAAACUGGAAUUCCAUGCUAUCCUGAAUACUGUUUUCUAGAGAUGUUAGUUGUCCAUUUCACUCAUUCAUUCAAUACAUGUGAUAAAAUUACACUGUUCACAAUG